AUGAGCUAUAGCGGAGGUAGCGGUGGAUACGGCGAUCAACGCAGCUACAGCUCGCGCGGCAGUGAUCACGGUCGUGGAUAUGAUGAUCCCAGUAGAAGCAGUGGAGGCCAGGACCAGCGCGGACAUCAAGGGUACGAUCAGCGCGGACAGCAAGGAUAUGAUCAGCGCGGACAUCAAGGAUACGAUCAGCGCGGACAGCAGGGUUACGACCAGCGCGGACACCAAGGGUACGAUGAGCGUGGACAUCAAGGGUACGAACAGCGCGGUCAACAGGGUUACGACCAGCGCGGGCAACAAGGGUAUGACCAGCGGGGGGGUUUCGAUUCCCGUAGUAGUGAUUAUGAUAGAACAUCAUGGGGACAUGAUGACUAUAAUCGCGGCGGUGCGGGAGGUUACAGCUCUGGGUCAAGAGGUUACGAAAGUAGUCGAGGAAGCUACAACUCUAGUGGCUACGACGAUCGUGGCCGUAAUGGGUCUUAUGGCAGUAGCGGGGGAUACAAUGUAUCCGGGUACGAUGAUCGUGGAGGAUAUGAUGGAUCGUCUUCGCAUGGAGGCUACGGUGCCUCUUCGGGAUAUGAAAGUCGAGGAGGGUACGAUCAAAGCCGAAGUGGAGGAGGUGGUUAUGCCAGUGGAGGGAGUGGCUAUGAUGAUCGCUCUCGUGGAUACUAUAACAGCAGUUACGACGACCGCUCACGAGGUGGCUACGGUGGCGAACGGGAAGAUCGUGGAUACGGAGGAAGCACUAGUGUAUCAACAGGUCGCAGUUAUGGUGGCGUUGAAAGUUCGUCUGCAGGUGGAGAUCGCGGCUACAGUGGUCGUGACGAUCGUAGUUAUAGUGGCGGCAGUGCACGCGAUGACCGCGGCUACGGAGGAAGUGGAGAUCGUGGAGGGGACCGCGGAGGCGAUCGUGGAGGGGACCGUGGUGGCGAUCGUGGAGGGGACCGUGGUGGCGAUCGUGGGUAUGGACGACGCGAUGAUCGUGGAGGCGGCGACCGCCGUGGAGGUAAUGGAGGAGGGGAUCGAGGAGGAGAUCGUGGGUACGGCGGUGGAGGUCGUGGUGGCGGUCGCUAUGGAGGUGGUGGAGGACGUGGUGGAGGCCGUGGAGAGUCAGGUCCUGGUGUUGGGACAGUUACUGGCUCAGGCUAUGAGAACUUUGAUGAUAAUGUGUCGGAUCCACGUCUCCAGGACGAGUGGAUGGGCCGAGCUGGAGUGCGCGAUGUAAGUGCGGAAGAUCCGGAUCUUCAGCAGAAGUUUCUGUUUUGCCGUCGUCCUGGGAUUGGAAAAGGUGGCAAAUCUAUGCAGCUGCAGGUCAACUUUUUCAGUGUUUCGCUGGAUGGGGCCCCAGCUGAAAUUUUUAAGUAUCACGUUGACGUCGAGCGCUCGCCCGACCUUGCUGCAGACACAAAGUAUGGUCCUUCUGAUGGUGUGCAAGACAACCAAAAGGAUGAUAAUAUGGGAAAAGUAAAACAAGAAGUCAAAGACGUGAAGGAAACCAAUGAGGUCAAAGACGUAGAAAUGAGCGAUGCAUCGGUUUCCAAUAAACGUGAACAACGUCCAGAGCGUCCACUUCCUCGCUCAUUAGUACGAAAUGUUAUCAAUGCAGCUAUCAGACAGUACGAAACCGAGUUUGGAGGUAUUCGCGUAGUUCAUGAUGGAAUGUCAGCAAUGUAUGCGCCGGCUGUGCUGCCGUGGAAUGGACAGUCCAAGACUUUCGUAGAUGUCAAUCCAGAUGGACCAAGUAUACAUCCACCACCUCAGCCGGCGGCAGGUGACACCUCCCGUCGCCCGGUCCGUGGACCUCGAACUUUUGUCGUCAAGAUCAAACUUGCUGAAGCAAUCUCAACUAGCUCAUUGACAGAUUAUUACUCAAAUCCGGACGUGAAUGUCUUGCCAGUCCUACAAGCAUUGGAUGUGGCAGCUCGCCAUUUGGGUGCCCAACGUUUAAUCUCAGUUGGACGUAAUUUUUUCUCAAUGAAAAAGACAUUUCCGUUAAAAGGAGGCAAGGAAUUAUGCUGGGGAUACCACCAAGCCAUCCGUGUUGCUGACCGCAAGCUUUUGAUGAAUGUGGACCAGGCCGCCACUGUGUUUUAUGCUCCAAAAGAGCUGUUAGAACUUGUGCUUCCAGCUCUCAAUGUACGCUCUGCGAAUGAUGUUCGUGGGUUAUCAGAUCGGGAUUCAAAGAAUCUGGCUCGUGCAUUACGUAAAAUUGAAGUGGUGCCAACGCACCGAAAAGAUCGAAAGCGUGCAAUCUUUGGAAUCAGCUCACUACCGACCAACCAAACGAUGGUGAGUAUCAAAGGGGAAAGCAUGUCCGUUGCGGACUACUUCAACAAGCGGUAUAAUGUGAAUUUGAGAUACCCACAGCUGCCAUCUGUGAAUGUGGGCAGUAAAAGACCGGGCAAAGAGAAUUGGUUGCCCAUCGAACUGUGCGAAGUGGCGCCAGGACAGCGUUGCGCAAAUAUAAACGAUCUGGAUACUGCGGAAAUCAUUAAGCAGACCAGUCAACCUCCACGCGCUCGACAAGAAACAAUUAUUGAACAAAUACGUCAGGCGGGUUUCGAAAACGACCCAUACCUUGCUGCUUUUGGCAUUAAGGUGGAUCAGCGUCUUGAGUCGACUGAAGCUCGUGUGAUGGAUCCACCUGAUGUGCAAUAUGCAAAUGUGUCCGAAAGACCGUCAGGUGGCCAAUGGAAUUUGCGUGAUAAGCGCUUUGUCGAAGGCGCUACGUUGCGUAAUUGGGGUGUUGUCAUUAGUGCCAGCGUGAGUGAGCGUGAUGUUCAAGGAUUUAUUCGUGCUCUAGUAGAUAUAGCUGGCAGGAGCGGAUUGACAAUUGAAGAUAGCAGCCCUCACAUUGUCCACAUGGACCAGUUUCGUGGUGCACAGGUGGAAGAGCUCAUGACAAUGUGUUUUAAGGAGCUAAAAAACCGCAACGGUGGUUCUCCGCAAUUAAUCAUGGUGAUUAAGCAAGACAAAAGUGUGGGGUCUUAUAGUGAUAUAAAGCGGAUGUCUGACACUGUGCUAGGAAUACCAAGUCAGUGCAUCGUGUCACAGAAUGUCCGCGGUGCGAAGCCUCAGUACUGCGCAAACGUAUGUCUCAAAAUUAACAUGAAGUUGAGCGGGAAGAACUCGAUUUUGCGCGAGCCAUUGCCACUAGUCAGCACGGCUCCGACGAUAAUUAUCGGAGCUGACGUGGAGCACCCACGCUCUGGUAUGGGCUCUCGUCCGUCUAUAGCUUCUGUGGUAGCCUCGCUCGAUCGCUACUCGGCCAAGUAUGUGGCACGUGUGGCCGCUCAAAAGGCUUCAAGUGAUAUUCAGCUCUUGCCGCACAUGCUGCGCGAUCUCUUUUUAGCUUACUAUCAAAGCACGAACCGAAAACCGGAGCACGUCAUUUACUACCGUGACGGCGUGAGUGAGGGACAGUAUCACGAUAUUUUGCAGACGGAAAUGCGAGCGCUUCGCAAGGCUGUCAAGAUGAUUUCGGAUAGCUACAACCCACCAGUAACAUUUAUUGUUGUCAACAAACGCCACCACAUGCGAGCAUUUCCCAGUAAUUCGCGUGAUGCUGAUCGCAAGGGUAAUAUUGUUCCAGGCACAGUUAUUGACACGGGGAUUGUUGAUUCGCACCGGUUCGAUUUCUUUCUAUACGGCCACAGCGGCAUUCAAGGCACCAGCGUCCCGUGUCACUACACGGUGUUACACGACGAGAAUAAAAUGUCAGCCGAAGAAGUGCAGCGUCUCACGUACCAUCUCGGAUACACGUUUGCGCGUUGUACUCGCUCCGUAUCUUUUGCGACCCCCGCAUAUUACGCGCACUUAGCUGCCGCCCGUGCGCGCUUUUUCCUAAAUGAGGGCUCUGACGGUGCUUCCACGGUCGGCUCGUUUAAUUCGAGCUCGUCCAACUUCGACUUUGCGGAGUUGCACAAAGACCUCAAGAACUGCAUGUUUUUUAUCUAG